AUGCCUCGCCCAACAACACGAGCGGAGGUCCUUCAAAGACUCAGGGAUACAAUUUCUAGGGAUGAAAUAAUUGUUGGCGCUGGAGCCGGCAUUGGGCUCUCCGCCAAAAGUGUUGAAAAAGGAGGCUGUGAUCUUAUCCUCGUGUACAAUUCCGGGCGUUUUCGCAUGGCCGGGCGUGGCUCAUUAGCUGGACUCAUGCCAUACGGAGAUGCGAAUCAGAUUGUUGUCGAAAUGGCAGAUGAAGUCCUCCCAGUUGUGGAACAUACCCCCGUGCUAGCGGGCGUGUGCGGCACAGACCCGUUUAGGUCCAUGCCACAGUUCCUUGCCCGGCUUAAAGAGAUCGGAUUCUGCGGGGUUCAAAACUUCCCGACUGUCGGACUCAUCGAUGGCAAAUUCCGUCAAAAUCUUGAGGAGACCGGUAUGGGCUACGACAAGGAAGUCGAGAUGAUCAAAUUGGCCCAUGAGCUCGAUUUGGUUACCACUCCUUAUGUGUUUACCCCAGAAGAUGGAGAAAAGAUGGCACGAGCAGGUGCGGAUGUUAUUGUAUGCCAUGUCGGGCUGACUACUUCUGGAGCCAUCGGGGCGACCACCGCACUAUCCUUAGAUGAAUCUGUGAAUAUCAUCCAGAAGAUUCGUGAUGCUGCUGUUAAAGUUAACCCGGACAUUAUUGUGCUCUGCCAUGGCGGUCCAAUUGCUGAACCGCAAGACGCCAAAUACGUUCUGACGCGCACCAAGGGUGUUCACGGUUUCUACGGUGCAAGCAGCAUGGAACGUUUACCCGUUGAGAUUGCGAUUAGGCAGAAUGCAGAGUCAUUCAAGAAAUUGAAAAUAAACAGAUAA